AAACUCCCCCAUCCGUUCCUUUACGUUUCAAUCGCAAUUGCUUUGCCCCCCUUUCGCUUCUCGUCCUCGUGCUUCACCCAUUCUUGGCUGGCACCGCGAGGAUAGUCUCCUAGUUGAGCGCCAUUUGAUCACAUCGAUCUUCAAUUGUAGUCUCGACUUUCACUCAUUCGUUCCCACCUGUUUGUUAUCUCCACCGCCGCUUCAACAUGCCGUCGCGAACCCUUCCAACCUUUACCCGUGCCGAGGUCGAAGCACACAACUCCAAGACUUCCUGCUACGUCUCCAUUGGCAACAAGGUCUAUGAUGUGACCGAUUUCGCCGAUGAUCACCCCGGCGGCGCUGAUCUUGUCCUCGACUACGCCGGCCGCGAUAUCAAAGAGAUCCUCGAGGAUCCGGAUUCCCACGAACACUCCGAAGCCGCCUACGACGUCCUCGACGACUCUCUUGUCGGCUUCCUCAUUUCCGAAAAGUCCGCCAAUGGUCAUGCUAAUGUCCAUGCCAAUGGAAAUGGAAAUGCCAACGGCAAUGGAGUUGCCAAGGUGGCCAACGGCGAUGCCACUACCAACGGCGAGACUUAUGUCCACCCUCGAACCGGAAUGUCCUGCGCCGAGGACUUGAGCAAGGAUACGGACUUCGACAACGAUUACAAGAGGCACAAGUUCCUUGAUCUGAGCAGGCCCCUCUUCCCUCAAAUCUGGUUCGGUGGCUUCUCGAAGGAGUUCUACCUUGACCAGGUUCAUCGCCCACGCCACUAUAAGGGCGGCCAGUCUGCGCCUCUGUUCGGAAACUUCCUCGAGCCUCUCUCCAAGACCCCUUGGUGGGUGAUUCCCACCGUCUGGGGACCUUGCGUCAUGUAUGCCGUCUACCUGGCUUCCCAGGGCUAUGACAACCAGCUCUACACUGCCGGGUACUUUGCGUUUGGAUUCUGGUUCUGGUCUAUUAUCGAAUACGUCCUGCACCGAUUCCUGUUCCACCUCGACUACUAUCUGCCCGACAACCGUGUUGGCAUUACGCUGCACUUCUUGCUCCAUGGCAUUCAUCACUACCUCCCCAUGGACAAGUAUCGCCUUGUCAUGCCUCCCACGCUCUUUGUGGUCUUGGCUUACCCUUUCUGGCAUUUCGCACAUGCCGUCUUUUCGUACAGCUGGCAUGCUGCUACCGGAGCUUUUGCCGGUGGUCUCUUUGGCUACAUCUGCUACGAUUUGACGCACUACUUCCUUCACCACCAGAACCUCCCUCUUUGGUACAAGGAACUCAAGAAGUACCAUCUUGCUCAUCACUUCCUCGACUACGAACUCGGUUUCGGCGUCACGAGCAAGUUCUGGGACUCCAUUUUUGGCACUGAGCUCAUCUACAAUGUCAAAAAGACAAACUAAGUUGAUUCAUCUUGCAUAUGCCUUUACUGCCCAGCUUUAGAAAAUCAGUUUCUGGGCAGAGUAAAUAUUGUCUGACUACAAAGUAUGGGGUUCUGAUUGAUGGGAGUUUGGGAGUCAGACGAAAGCAAUCAUGAUUGAGGGACGGUAACGAGCUUUGCCAGGAGCAGGGCAUUUUACGACGGCAAAGAUUUCUUAUGGAUAGUUUUAAUGCUCGGGACUGUACGCUUGAUGGUAAAGCUAGUAUUGGAGAAACAAAUAAUAAUCGAUCGUUAUUCACACC